UCUGCCUCAGAUCUAGUGAAGCGCCGAGGCGCCGCAGGGCCAGCCUGCGUAGGAGUUACCGGUUUGGGGGUCGGUGGGCCGGGCCGAGCGGCUGUCUUGUGCUUUCGUCCGUUUCUGAACUCCGCUGGGGUGUUCCAGUCCUCCGUGAGCGCGGCCGCGGGUUACUCGUGCCGAGCCCUCCCACGCCCACCUGUGGCCGGGAGACCCGCAGCAGCUAGGACCAGGGCCCGUGGGAGGCUCGGACAGCCAGCCCCGGUACUCCCGAUCACAAGCCAGCACCGCGCUCGCCUCCAGUCCCCUUCUCAGGCGUAGCUCAGAGCCUGAGCCUCCUUCCCCUCCACACGGACCCCUCGCUUCGAUUCUGGCUCUGCGUCGGCUCAGCUGCCUACCUCUAGAACUUUCGUGUGGCUUCCCCGUUGAUAGUGUGACUUAAGGACCUUCCAUCCCCCAGUUCUCUGUACCGCCUCCCCAGCCUUGUGAAUGCAUGCAGCCUUGGAAGUAGAAACCGUUCAGUUUUAGCCAUUUCGGUUUAAGCGACGAUCUGUUGGCUCUUAGACACCCCGACAUACAUACGUUUUUAUUUCCUGUGUGCUCUUGCCGUAAUUCUGAAUUCAAGCUGGAACAGGGUGCGGCGUUCUGAUGCAGGAGAGCGUUUUGCUCCUCUCUCACAAUGAAUGGGAACCAGAAAUUGGAUGCUCAUAACCAAGAAAGGCAGGAUUUCAUCCAGCACUUCUCCCAAAUCGUCAAGGUGCUGACUGAGGAUGAACUAGGCCACCCAGAGACAGGCGAUGCCAUUACUCGGCUCAAGGAGGUCCUGGAGUACAAUGCUGUGGGAGGCAAGUACAACCGGGGUCUGACUGUGCUCCAAGCAUUCCGGGAGCUGGUGGAGCCGAGGAAACAGGACGCGGAGAGUCUUCAGCGGGCCCUGACUGUGGGCUGGUGUGUAGAACUGCUCCAGGCUUUUUUCCUUGUGUCAGAUGACAUCAUGGAUUCUUCCCUCACCCGCCGUGGACAGAUCUGCUGGUAUCAGAAGCCAGGAAUAGGCUUGGAUGCCAUCAACGAUGCUCUGCUUCUGGAAGCCUGCAUCUACCGCCUGCUGAAGUCCUACUGCAGGGAGCAGCCCUACUACCUCAACCUGCUGGAGCUUUUCCUGCAGAGUUCCUAUCAGACGGAGAUUGGGCAGACUCUCGACCUCAUCACAGCCCCCCAGGGCCAGGUGGAUCUUGGUAGAUACACUGAAAAGAGGUACAAAUCCAUUGUCAAGUACAAGACGGCGUUCUAUUCUUUCUACCUGCCUGUCGCGGCUGCCAUGUACAUGGCAGGCAUCGAUGGGGAGAAGGAACACGCCAAUGCCAUGAAGAUCCUGUUGGAGAUGGGCGAGUUCUUUCAGAUCCAGGAUGACUACCUUGACCUCUAUGGUGACCCCAGCGUGACUGGAAAGAUCGGCACCGACAUCCAGGACAACAAAUGCAGCUGGCUGGUGGUUCAGUGUCUGCAGCGGGCCACUCCGCAACAGCGCCAGAUCCUAGAGGAGAAUUAUGGGCAGAAGGACCCAGAGAAGGUGGCGCGGGUGAAAGCACUGUAUGAGGCGCUGGAUCUGCCGGCUGUGUUCUUCAAGUAUGAGGAGGACAGUUACAGCCGCCUCAAGAGCCUCAUAGAACAGUACUCUGCGCCCCUGCCCCCAGCCAUCUUCUUGGAACUAGCAGAAAAGAUCUACAAGCGGAGAAAGUGACCUCGAGAGUGCAGAGGCUUGAAGGGAGGGAUCUCAAUAAAUUAUUGUACAACA